CGCGCGAGUGCGCCUUGAGCUGGAUGUUGUGUGCCGAGCUGACGGCGAAGAGGCCGCAGAGGGCUGCAUAGAGGAAGGCGAGGACGAGCAUCUUUGCUGUCGAUUGAGAGUUGCGAACACGCAAAGGAGCUUCGUGGAUCGACAACAAUAAUUGUUUGGUCGAGAUGUUGCUCCGCUGUCCCUUGAACAUGGAGGUGCACGGUCCUCAACCUCUUGCUUGCAGCCCCCUAUUCGAAUCACGUUUCUGCAACUCUGUUGAACUCGUAUCCAGAUAUGCUUUGGUACUUUAUCUAAGUCUUCGAAUAGCCAGUAUCAAUAAAAUCAAGACCUAUCUAGUAGACCGGUUGCUGGUCGCGUGCGUGACAAUACAUGUCUUCGGCGUACCUUCCUUUCUUCUUGAAGCUCGCUGCUGCUGCCAAGUUUUGUGGCCCAGGCUCGUUGAACCUCAUUCCAUAUCCCUGUCACGUCUGCUCAUGCUCUCGUCGUGUACAAGGAUAGGGUGCCACCCCAUUCGGAAGAAAUGUCUGGAGACGAAGCCAGCUGCCAGAACAGCCGGAUACUGGACCACUAGGCAUGAAGACUCUGCACCAGACUAUCUCUCUUCUUGUCUUGUGUUCGUCCCUUCACCCAGGAAGCCACCGGAACCAACACAUCACAGAGGAUGAACAGGGAAAUCACUGCUGGGUCUACAGGAUUACCUUUAUCGCAGCA